UUCCCGAAAUUUUGGGCGGAUAGACUAACGACAUAAAUAUUUCCUGCCCAAGUUAUCUUUUUCCUCGUUCGGCUUUGAAGUGAUGAUGAAGGUCUCCACAUAACUGUCUCAAUCUAUUUUGACAUGAACUAAGAGCCAAGGGAUGGUCAAAGUAUUUUUGGAGCAGGACGUCGACUUGUGGCAACUAGCAAAUUCUGAGUGAAUAGUUUUCCUCUGCUAUCGAUUUGUAUCCGCGGCUAUCCGAUGCUGUUACCCAUCCUCAUUCCGGGACGGUAGGCUAAUUAACAGAUGACUUCUGAGCGCUCUGCUAUUCGACCUCCUCAUGAUGUCGAACUGGGCAUUUGCGUGCUAUGGCUGAAGAUGUCUCUGGACUCUGAUAAGGCAUGUGGACUGCUGUCCCAGGAAUCCAGGACAUCCUGUGUCUUCCGAGCUGCAGACGAGAAGGAUGACAUUCCAGGGGUGGGGGAGGACAGUGUUCUGGAGAUGCUCAGCUACUCCAAGUUCUCUGACCUGGAGACCUGGCUGUGCAUGCCUUCUACUCUCCUCCCCAGGGCCCUAGAGACCCCCCGCUCCUCCCCCCCUACAACACGCCUCUCCACCUGCAGUGAAACUGGAGAGACAGACACAACACCCAGGCCUCUGGAGAAGGAAGCCAUGACCCAGACCCUUGCUGUAGUACGGGAAACCCCAUUCCUGGCCACACCCCUGACCCCCAUCCUGUCCUCUACACCAUGCAACCAAAUCCCAGUUUCCCUAACAAUGACUUCUGUGACCUCAUCAGGAGACUCUGCCUCCCAGGGCGGGGUUAGUGUCAGGAAGCGCAGGCGGCUGGCUGCCAGUCCUGGGGGACUGCACUGGAAUUCUAGAGGCUCAGUGCAGCGAGACUUUGACAGAAAAGAGUCAUCUCCCAUAUCAUCAGCUGGAGGCCCCACGCCAGCAGGGGUGAGGAGCCUUUCCCUGGGAAACACAGCACCAGUGGGUGAGGUGGGGGGGGGGUGGCGCGAGCGGGAGGCUCUGAGGAAGAUGGUAUCUGUUGACGACCGUCUGAUGCAGCCUUCGUCCAGAGAACAACAUAUCAGAGUUGUCAGCAGACUGGAGAGAAGCAAAAAUAAACUCAGAAACAUACAUAGUCUUGGAUUGACAGGCAGAUACGAGCCCAGGAAGAAAUCAGAUAGUAAGAUAUCUCGCCUGGCUCAGAGGUUGAACCAGAGACCAGGGGAUGAUCUGAUAAAAGACUUCAGCCCUCUGCUCUACACUGGCGUACCUCGCUCCGCUCACAGCCUAGACAGAAACUUCUGUUCGGUCAGCAUGACUCAACAGAUGCAGAACCUGCAACUGUCCCAAACCAGGAAAUGCCCGGUUGGCCCCACCUCCCCCAACGCUGCCAAGCGUCUAUACAGGAACCUAUCAGAGAAGCUAAAGGGUGGCCACUCCUCCUUUGAAGAUGCCUACUUCUUCGGCCGUGGAGACCGCCACGGUCAUCGUAAAGGCUCGAACAUGCAGGGUAAUGAGUGUCUGUUUGAGGCUGUGGAACAGCAGGAUCUGGAUUCAGUCCAGAUCCUCCUUUACCAAUACAACACUGAAGAGCUCGACCUCAACACACCCAACAGCGAAGGGUUAACCCCGCUGGACAUCGCCAUCAUGACCAACAACACUCCCAUUGCCAAACUCCUCCUGAAGGCUGGCGCCAAAGAGAGCCCUCAUUUUGUACGUGUGGAGAGUCGUGAGGCCCAUCUGAACAGCUUGGUGAAGGAGGCGGAGAGGAGGGUAGAGGAGCUGGCGUCCCAGGCCCAGAGGGAGGGUCUCAGUCUGGAUGCCUGUGACAAGAACAAGCAGCUCCGAGCCUGGGAGUGGAAGAGCAAACUGUACCAACGCAUGAGGACUGGCUUCCAGCAAUCACGUGUCCCAGAAGCUCCAUCUGCAGUGUGUUUGACUGUGGCCAGCAGCUCCUCCUUGACUGUUACCUUCCAGGAACCCCACUUUCUCAAUUCAGCUGUAGUGACCAAGUACAGAGUGGAGUGGAGCUGUCUCAAGGACUUCUCAUUGCUGGCUGGAGACAUGGUGUUGGAAAACCUACAGACUCUGAAGUGUACCAUCAAUGGCCUUACAACGGGGAGGCAGUACUAUGUCCAGGUGUCGGCCUACAACAUGAAGGGUUGGGGAGCCCCCCAGCAGUCUCUACCCGCCUCCGCAGUUCCCUCCAACUGGAGGGAGAGUGAAGGCCGGGAACCCAGGAGAAGAGGCUACAUAGAAGCUAUGGAACGCCUGCUCCAACAGGUCCGCGCUACACACACACAUUACAGCUGUGGAGACACAUCAAAGCUUCAGAACCCCAGCCGAAAGCAGUCCGUCUCAAGAAGUCUCAAGCACCUCUUUAACUCGUCCAACAAGUUUGUCAAGACUCUCAAAAGGGGGGUGUACCUGGCGGCAGUGUUCUACCACAAAGACAGUGUGCUGGUGACCACAGAGGACCACAUCCCUAUUGUGGAGGUGGAUGACUCUUAUGGCAGCUCUCUGAUGCAGGACUUCCUCUGGUUUACUAAGUUGUCCUGUAUGUGGGAAGAUGUGCGGUGGUUGAGACAGAGUAUGUGUGUCUCCAUGUCCUCGUCCUCCACUCUGCAGGCCAGGCAGAAGAUGUUGUCUGCUGCUGGACAACUACAGAACAUUUUGGGGACACACAAUCUGGGGCGUGUCCACUAUGAGCCCAUCAAGGAUCGUCAUGGCAACGUGUUGCUAGUGACGAUCCGGGACAUGGACAACCAGUCAUCUUUCUUCACUGGGAGGUGGAUGCAAGUGACCAAGCUCCAGAGCCAGAGGAAGAGUUUGUCCACCCCGGAGGAACCCUAUGCCUUGGACAUACUACUGAUCACCAUACAGGACAUAUUGGCCUUCCAGCGGCGGAGCCAGCAUCGCCUCUCGCAUGGAUUGUACCUGGGUUACCUGAAGCUCAGCAGUUCUGUGGACCAGAUCAGGGUGCUGGUGCCACAGAGAAUACCCAACAUGCUGUGUCAUGUACGUGUUCGAGACAACGCCAACGUCUCCAGGGAGGAGUGGGAUUGGCUCCAGAGGCUGUCAACCCCAGAGGAUGGAGAGAAGGACACAAUGGAGGGAGAGAGAGAGGAAGUGCAUCAUAAAACCGACAGUAACACCCCACUGCUUUACUAUGAACUGCAGAUGUCCCUCAGGGCCCUGCUGAAACUCAUCAACCUACCUCUGCACCAGGCCAAACACUUCCGUAUCUACACUCAGGAGGUUCUGGAGCUGGGUCACAAUGUUUCUUUCCUGCUGCUGCUUCCAGCUGCUGAUGAUGUGUGCACAGCUCCUGGUCAGAUCAACCCAUACACACCUCACAGCGGGUUCCUCAACUUGCCUCUUCAGAUGUUUGAGCUAGUUCAUUUCAGUGCAUACAAGGAGAAGUGCAUCAGUCUGUACUGCCGCAUGUCCUCUGUUCUGGACCUGGAUUCACUGAUUACCCAGCAGGCUCUGCGAGAGGCUAUCACAGACACAGAAGUGGCCACUGCCAAACAGAGACACCAGCAUAUACUAGAGUAUACACAGCAGCUGGAUGAGAUGUGGCGUGAGCUGCGCUGGAUCACGGAUGCCCUCCAGUAUGCCCGCUACAAGCAUCCCCGUGGUGGCGUGCCCAUCACCAACCUGGUGACUGCUGGCGAGUCUGAACCGGGAGCACAGAAGAGUGACUCAGCAUCUUCUACCAUGGAGUACCUACCUUCACCGUCACCCUCACCUGAGCUGAGACGCAGGAAGCCUGUUACAGACUCUCAGCUGGGGUCAGAUGAGGAUGGCUGUUCUGAGGUGUUUUUGCCGACAGACAGUGACUAUGACUCCAGCGAAGCCUUGUCCCCCCGUGAGCUCGACCUGCUUUACUCACCUCCACAGGACCUUUCCCAGCAGGCUGUGCAUGCCCUGGGAGGCAGUGCUCCCGACGUACUGCAGAUCCAAGACCUCAGGUACACCAUCUGUCCAUCCAAAGAUGUCCCGCUCUCUGCAGCCCCUUUCCUCACCCAAAUGGUCCCUUCACCACUCUCCCCUGCCCUUACCCUCCCUGAGACAACCCUAUCCUGCGCCAAAACCCUGGAGGGACUGUCCCUCACCAAGGACAAGCACACCUCCAUCCCCCUCUGGCCCCUAGCCAACCCUCCAACCAAGCGGAAGAUGCUUUCCCGGAGCCACGGGGCCUCAGUGGCCCAGCAGGGCUUCUUCACUGGGCCCCAACGCUGGCUAAAAGGCCACAGCGACAGCCACAUGGGGUCCCUGUCGGAGGGAGUCUACACCAGGCAUCGGGAGUCAAACCUGCCCCUGGACCUCCCAUCCCUUCAGGGGGAGAUCAUUAGUCAGGCUCCCUGUGUUUUGGAGGGGCGGAGGGGUGGGCAGAGAGAACCCAGGCCCCAUGUCAGAAGGAUCUUUGUGGAACCAUGUAAAGAAACAUCCCCUGAGACAUGGGGCUGGGUAGAGGAGGAGAGAGGAAUGGAGGAGAAGGGAGGGAUGGAGAGAGAGGAGGAGAGAGGAGUAAGGGUUACAGAGGAGGUGGCAGAGAAGGGGCAUGCAGGGGCACCCUCCCAGGACGUGGACUCAGAUGACCAAACAAACAGUCAGAUGUCAGACAUCCUCAGCAGUACACUGUAGAAAGACACUCCAGACUUGGACAGAAGAAGCUCUGGCCCAUGUAGCAGUAUGCAAACAGUAGAGCUGCUACAACAUCAUCUGGGAUUGGACAGUACUGAGUGACAUCAUCUGGGAUUGGACAGUGCCGAGUGACAUCAUGAUGGAUUGGACAGUCCUGAGUGAAAUCUAGGAUCGGAUAGUACCAAGUGACAUCAUCUAGGAUCGGAUAGUACUGAAUGACAUCAUCUAGGAUUGAAUAGUACUGAGUGACAUCAUCUAGGAUUGGAUAGUACCAAGUGACAUCAUCUAGGAUUGGAUAGUACUGAGUGACAUCAUCUAGGAUUGGACAGUACUGAGUAGGGUUGCUCAAUAUUGGAAAUAACUGACAUUGCAAGAGCUUUGGCUAUCAACCUGACAGUCUGUAUCCUUCAUUCGUCCC